AUAAUUGUUAGUUCCGCAAUCCACAUCAGUUAUUUCUCAUUUCUACGUGUCAAAAUAUAAUUGGCUGUUAUAGUGAUGUAAAAGAAACGAAUCGGUGGUAGAGAAAAGCUUCAACUUCCUCCGAUCUCGGCGAGAGAGAGAGAGAAUGGAUCAGAUCUUGAACAAAGUCGGAUCGUACUGGCUAGGGAAGAAGGCGAACAAGCAGCUCGAUUCCGUCGGUGACGAUAUCAACUCUCUGUCUACUAGCAUCGAAGGAGGAACAAAAUGGCUGGUGAACAAAAUCAAAGGGAAGAUGCAGAAGCCAUUACCCGAGUUACUAAAGGAGUUUGGUUUACCUGUGGGGAUCUUUCCACGCGACGCAACUAACUACGAGUUCAAUGAACAGACCAGGAAACUCACCGUCUUCAUCCCAACGAUCUGCGAAGUCGGCUACAAAGACUCAUCGGUCUUGAGGUUCACCACGACGGUUACGGGGUUUCUCGAGAAAGGAAAGCUGGCUGAUGUUGAAGGGAUGAAAACGAAAGUAAUGAUUUGGGUUAAAGUCACGAGCAUCUCUGCUGACUCUUCGAAGGUGCAUUUCACGGCAGGGAUGAAGAAAAGCAGAAGCCGUGAUGCUUAUGAGGUUUUGAGAGAUGGCGUUGAGAUUGAUAAGUUCUAGCCUCUCUGUUUCUGUGUCCUGCUUCUAUCUUCCCUUGUGUUUCCAGCUUUAUAUGUCUUUUUUUUAAUCUGUCUUUGUAUAUGCAAUUAACUCUGGUGUUCAUGAAUCUCAUGAAUUGAAUUGGUAUCAAUAUUCAAAGUUACAUAGA